GUCGACAAAUGAAAAAAUUAUUAUUAAAUAUUAUUAUAACAGGAACAAUUUUACCAGCAGCUAGAUAUUUUAAAAUGUAAAAAUAUUUUACGAAAAAUACUACCGACUUUUUCAAGGUCUGAUUUCAGCUGAUUUUCAAAAAACUUGAAAAAUAUUAUCAGCAGACGAGAGAAAAAACCAGAUAUAACAGUCAUGUGUUACAUAUAAUUAUACAUGUACUUUAUGACAGACCUAGGCCCUAGCUAGGGUUAAACAGCACAAAAAUGGCCGAUAUAUUCUUAUUUACAAACUUUGACGAUCAAUUCUUGUUGUUUUUCUUCCAUUGACCUUCUUUGUUUGAAUACAAAACACAUUUCUUAACUGGGACCUGGGCAGCUUCAACAAAACCUACAAUAUGAGUUCACAGCUGUUUGCCGUGUUCAGACGCUACCCUGUUGUACCCAGCAUGUUGACGUACAGUGUGCUGUACCCUGGUGCCAACCUUGUACAACAAAAGUACAUAAGGAACAAGAAUCCAGAAGAUAAAAUUGACUGGAAUGAGGCCUCAAGGUUUCUGAUUUAUGGAGGACUUAUGCAUGCUCCACUUGUAUAUAACUGGUUACGCCUCGCUUCAAGACUGUUUCCUAAGAACAACUUGACCCAUCUGUUCGCUAAGGUGGCAAUGGACCAAACCUGUUUUGCUCCGGUAGGACUAUCCUCCUUCUAUAUUGGAUUAUCCGCUCUCGAGGGGAAGGAUUUCAAUGGGAUCUAUGAGGAGUGGAAUGCGAAAUUCCUCGACACCUGGGCAGCCAGUGUGUUUAUCUGGCCGUUCUUGCAAACCAUAAACUUCAAGCUUGUACCUGCUCACAGACGAACCAUAUUUGUUGGUUGUUGCAGCUUCUUCUGGACAACAGUCCUAGCAGCCUGGAAAAGCAGCAAGGAGGGGGUUCAUAUAAAUUUUAGAUCAUAGGCUGUCUCAGGAAGAUUUCUUUCUGUAUUUUGACACACCAAUCAUGAAUUAUACCAGUGAAACUGUUAACAAAAAUCCAGUGAUUAAUGAUAUGUAUUUAAACAAACUGCUAACUUCAAAUAUUAGAAUUGAACUAUUUUUAUACAGUAUUUUAGAUUAGUUAUGUAUAGUUCUGUCUUUCCAUUCAUGUUAUUUUUGUUAGGCAUUUUUUUCUACGCCAUUAGAAUAAAGAAGUUGAUGAUCUUUUUUUAA